AUGACGAUGUCAUCUUCCGGUCGUUCUCGUAACUUGUGUUGUGCAUUUGAUAUUGACUCAUUAAGAAAAAAGACUACCCAACUGCGUCACUCUUAUAAUAAUUGUGUGUUGAUAGGCACGCCGAAGUUUCCUUUCUCUCGGCCCCGCGGAGCAGAGCCAGCAGAAGAAUAUGCUAUCCUCCGCGCCAACGAGCCCGUAUCCAAGGUCGAGCUCUUGGAUGGAAGCCACGCAUGGCUCGUUGUUAAACACAAAGAUAUCUGCAGUGUCCUCACUGACCAGCGCCUCUCGAAGCAGCGCAAUCGUCCUGACUUCCCGGAACUCGACCAGGGUGGAAAGGAGGCAGCGAAGCGAAAGCCGACAUUUGUUGAUAUGGACAAGCCGGACCACAUGAAGCAAAGGGGCAUGAUCGAAGACAUAUUCUCGCGCGAAGCUAUUGAGAGAAUGCGUCCCAGCAUCCAAAAUACUGUUGAUACUCUUCUUGACGACUUGAUAAAGGAUGGCUGUAGGAAUCCGGUUGAUGUCGUGGAGAAACUAUUUAUGGAAUCCUCGGUGCACCAUUCGAAGACCUCAAGUUUCUCACACAGCAAGCCGCCAUCCGUAGUAAUGGGAGCGCUACCGCAACAGCCGCAUCCCAAGCAAAUCAAGACCUCCUCGACUAUAUCGGAAAAUUGGUUGAUAUGA